UCCGAGAGAGUUGAUCAGUCAUCGGCGAUGAUGUUUUGUGUGUUGAGGAUGAGUGCGACCGGCGUUCUACUUCUGGCGUUAGUAGCUAUUCAUAGCGUUACACCUGGGGAUGCGCAUCGAUGGUUCCAUAGGUAUUUCAGGCCUCGACGAUGUGUACUUCAAACAGUGAACGCUGUGUGCAGAGUUGCCUCUGACCCCGGAACCACAGAACAAGUGAGCGGCACGAUACGCCUGUCACAAACACUUAACUAUUGUACAUACAGACCUUCGCCCCUUAGAAUUGACCUUGAACUCCAAGGAUUCAUGACAAACGACACCGUCGUUCUGCACGGCUUCCACGCCCACACCCUCGGAGACCUCAGUAAUGGCUGUGCAAGCCUUGGGGAACCCUUCAACCCGUUUGGAACUAAUCAUGGCGGUCCUAACUGCACAGCGAGUUUCGUCAUGGAACAAGCGGAUGGCACUGUUAAUACAACCAUUUUUGAUGGGGUAGCGAGGCUGUUCGGGUCGAACUCACUCAUCGGCAGGAGCCUUGUGAUUCGUGGAGCGACUGAUGACCCUGGCGCCGGUGCUGUUGACGGCAAUUCAGGACCAAGAAUAGGAUGCUGUGUCAUUGGUCGGGGGCAGAACCCACCGCGCACGGUGGUGUGGGGAAAGUAAUAUAUCAUCAAGUUCCAUCGUGUGGGAGAACAUUUUCGAUGUAAAAUAUGCGUACUCACUGUAUAGGCCUAUGGCUAUGUAUACAAUAAACUUGAUUGCCUCAAACUGUA